AUGUCGUCUCCAAGUGCUGGGAAAAGACGUAUGGACACUGAUGUUAUUAAGCUUAUUGAAAGUAAGCAUGAGGUAACAAUUCUUGGCGGACUCAAUGAGUUUUGUGUAAAAUUUUAUGGACCUAGAGGGACACCUUAUGAAGGAGGUGUAUGGAAAGUACGUGUUCAUUUGCCUGAACACUACCCUUUCAAAUCACCAAGUAUUGGAUUCAUGAAUCGUGUUUACCAUCCUAAUAUAGAUGAAGUGUCAGGUACUGUCUGUUUAGAUGUUAUAAAUCAGGCAUGGACAGCAUUAUAUGAUCAUAAUUUUCAGACCUAUCAAAUAUUUUUGAAUCCUUUCUGCCACAAUUACUAACGUACCCAAACCCAAUUGAUCCACUAAAUGGAGAUGCUGCAGCAAUGUAUUUACAUAAACCAGAAGAAUACAAAAAAAAAGUAUCAGAAUAUGUGAGGAAGUAUGCUACUGAAGAAGCGUUACGGGGCCACGAAAAUGUUAGUUCAGAUAGCGAAUCUAGUAUGUCUGAUUUCUCUGAAAAUGAAGCCGAUCAUAUGGAGUUAUAA